CGACCGUCCACAGAUCUGGAAGAGACAUUUGUAUGCGGAGGGAGUCACUUGAACACCGGCGUUGUCCAUUUCUUGGAGGAAUCGGUGAGCUUCUUCCAGUUUGCCCUGUCUGGACAGCGAAAUCAAGUGCAGGUUCUCCACUCGGCCCUGCUGUGCUUCCACCGAAGCAGGAGCGACCUUUAGAGUGACCCAUGAUGGGAUCCCUUCGAAAUUUGCGAGCUUCAGCGGCUUGUUUGGAGCAUGUGCUCUUGAAGGGGUCGGAGGAGGGACAGGGGUAGAAGCCAUUGCCGUCCGAGCGAAGGCCAUCGCCUCGCCUCUAUGUAUAUUGAAGCUUAACAGCCCACUUAUCUCAAUGGGCCUUUCCCGGUGAACGCGUCUUGGGCCAACAGUACACCAUUGACCCGAAUCUCUCUUCUUCUUCUUCUUCUGCCUCUGCUGCUGCUUGCAGCUACUGAGAGAGCACAGAAAUGGUGGAUCGGUUCUUCUUCUGCGCCCAACAAGUCGAUUCCUACUCCAAAGAUUCUCCAAGCAUCACUCUUCUGUCCGGACCUCCUUCAUGUGGGAAGACAUCUCUGCUGUUCCAGUUUGCUUACAACUGUGCAUUGAACAGCGCCUCUAGCAAUCGCCCGGUAGUCUUCAUAUGCAAUCGGCGCUGUCUCGAAACCAAACCCCCUUGUCUUUCUCAGGGAAUCGAACCGUCCUCGGAUGUGUUCCGGCAUAUACAAAUGAAAUAUGUAGACAGUGGCGAAGGGCUCAAGAAGUAUUUCGCCGCCUUCCACUUGCAUGAUACGCUGCCUGCUGCAGUUGUGAUCGAUGACUUUGGGGACUUAUUCGAUGAAAGGAGCUGCCAAGAAAAAUAUGCUAAUCCUCGCGGGAGAGAUCUAGCAAUGGUCCGAACAUUGGCUUUAUGUCACAAUGCCGUAUUGCAUGCAAAGAGAAGCAUCGAGGGGAAUUGUGAGGUUCUAUUAGCAGAUACCCAUCACGGAGACUCCCCGAGGCUGUUAUACGUCUACAAGAGAUGGGUUACGUCUAUUUUUACGAUAAAAGGUGAUGGGCACGGAUCAUUUCUGCUGAGAGAUUGUGGCAGAUUGGGAAGUGCUGAUUCGAAGAAGACAGCGCCUGCUAAGUACUCCACAGCGCUUCAGUAUCUGCAGUUGGAAGGGAUUUCUAUAGAGUUUUCCGAUUAAAGGCGCCUGUGUGGGAUUUGAUCGCUUGCAAUCUCUUGGCAGGACCCUGUAGAAUUGCCAGUUUCAACGUUAAUGACCGUGAUAUUGGAGACAGAAGGAUUUUUCCAGGAUUUAUUUCUUUUUAUCGUGUUUUAGGGAGCUCUUGUACUCUGCUUAUGCCUAUAUGUCAUUCCUGAAUGAAUUCGAAGACGAUGAGUAUAUGUGAAUAGAUUAUAUGGAAUUUUUCUCUUAUCGUUUCAUUUC